AUGCUCAAAAGAUUAUUGCAAAGCUUGAAGAACAUCCUCAAACCAAUAAAAAGUCAGGUAAUGACCGAUCUAGACGCUUAUAACAAAAUCAAAGAAGGCAAGGCAGAAAUACUGUUUCCAAAAGAAGACAAAGUUUUUUAUAACCCUAUCCAACAAUUCAAUAGGGAUCUCAGCAUCUGCGGAAUACGAGCCUGGAGUGAAUUGUACCAAUCCGCUGGUAAGAAGAGAAACAACGAGGGAGAAGUCAAACCUUUCAUUAAUAUUUUGGAAGCUCUAAGUGCUUCUGGAUUGAGAGCUUUAAGAUAUGGUCACGAGAUUCCCCUGGUGAAAAAGGUUGUGGCCAAUGACUUUUCCCCAGCUGCUGUGGAAAGCAUCAAGUUGAACAUUGAACAUAACCAAUUGAAUGGGAUAGUAAAGGCAAACGAAGGUGAUGCCAUAUUAUUUAUGAGCCAAUUUAGGGAUAAACCAGAGUUCCAUGUUAUAGAUCUAGACCCUUAUGGAACGGCUACUCCCUUUAUUGACAGCGCCGUUCAAGCUGUGAAAAAUGAUGGACUACUAUUGGUGACAUGCACCGAUUUAGGUGUCCUUGCUGGAUCUUCUUAUCCCGAAAAAUGUUUUGCUCUAUAUGGUGGUACUAACAUUCCAGGUGACGCAACCCAUGAGUCGGCUUUGAGAUUAGUGCUAAGCAUGAUAGCAUCAACUGCCGCCAAAUACAAAAAGACUAUCGAGCCUAUGCUUUCUCUCAGCAUUGACUUCUAUGUGAGAUUAUUCAUCCGCGUGAAGACUAGCCCAAUAAAAGUGAAGGAACAUGCAUCAACGACUAUGAUCAAUUACCACUGCUCGGGCUGUGGCACAACUUACGACCAGCCUUUAGGAAAGAAGACUCAAGAUGAGAAAACGGGAAGAUAUAAGUUUACCAUGGCUAGAGGACCCCCAGUUGGUGAGAAGUGCACAUUCUGCCACAAGACGAUGCAUCUGGCAGGUCCUAUGUGGGCUGGUCAACUUCACAACAAAACGUUCAUUGACAAAAGUCUUCAAAUCUCUAAAUCCCUUGAUAAAGAUGUUUACGGAACUACUGAUAGAAUCGAAGGCAUGCUGACAUUAGCUAAGCAGGAGCUAGAAACGCCGUUUUACUUCAAGCCGGGGUCUCUCUCCUCAGUGAUCAAAUGUCCAGCACCACCUAUUAAUGAAUUGGUCUCGGCAUUGGGGAAUCUAGGAUAUAUGGCAUCCCUCACACAUGCGAUGCCCUCGGCCAUUAAAACGAAUGCGCCCUGGGAAGCUAUUUGGUACAUUAUGAAAACCUGGCUAAACCAUAGAAAGGAGGAAUCUGGAAAGAAUUUAAGUGAAACGUCUCCUGGCUAUGCCAUCAUACACAAUGAUCAGAUUGGAAAGGAUAUCGAACUCAAGGAGUACGAGGAGUUAUACAAGAAAAAUGACCUUUACCAUGAAAUUAAGAGUCUCAGAAACUUCAAGAUUGUCCGGUUUCAACAGAACCCAACCAAGUUUUGGGGACCCAAAGCAAAGCCUACUAAUUAG